UUGUGCGCCUCCCCGGCUGGAGGCGGCGUCGGCGGGGACGCCCUAGUCGGAGCCGUCCCUCCCUCCGUCCGGGGACUCUGCUCCUCCUCCUGGGUCGGGAAAGAGAGCAGGGCUACUGGGGCUGCCUUUGUUGGGCUGCAGCCCGCCUCCUGCCUCCCAGGCGCCUCUGAGGAGGAGAAGGGCUCUCCAGGCGGGGAGACAUGACCCAUCUCCGGCUGCGGGGGACACUUCUGUGGCUGCUCUUCCUCGCCCUGGAGUAUUCAGAGGCCAAAAAGCAGUGCUGGUACUUUGAAGGGGUGUAUCCUACAUAUUAUGUGUGUCGGUCUUAUGAAGACUGUUGUGGUUCAAGAUGCUGUGUGAGAACUCUAUCUAUCCAGAGACUAUGGUAUUUUUGGUUCCUGCUGAUGAUGGGAGUUUUGUUUUGUUGUGGGGCCGGUUUCUUUAUCCGAAGGCGGAUGUAUCCUCCACCACUGGUUGAUGAAACAACUUACAAUGUAUCAUACACUCGGCCACCUAAUCCCAAUGCAGCAGGAGCACAGCAGCCAGGAAUGGCAUACUACCCGGAACCAGAAGGAGCAGUGAUGAGCCCUAUGGCUAUGACUUACCACGUCCAACCCAAGUUUCCACAAGUGAACCCAGUUUACCCACCUCCACCUUCUUAUUGCAACACCCCACCUCCACCAUAUGAACAGGCCGUGAAAUCUUCCACAUAACCUCAGGGCUGAAGGAUGUGGUGACUUGGUCAGAAAGAGACAAUAUUGAGAGUUGCUCCAGCAUCCUUUGCUCUUUUCUCAGUUAGCAUUAUUUGGACAAGAGUGGCAGAUUUGCAGCAUGGGGGGAAUUGCUGUUUGAUAUAUUCCAAGCAAGAGCAAAAGUCUUUUUUUGUGUGUGUAAGCGUGAGCUUUUUUUAAAGCCUAUAUUUAAAGCCCAUACAAUUUCCUUUUUAAAUUAUUCUCAUUGUGGCCCCAAUAGAGAUAUUAAUGCAGCAUUGUGGCACAAUAUGGUACUAAGCACAAAGCAAUGUCCUCCAACUUAAAUGUCCUGGAGCUCAUUCUGGACUUUUAAGUAUGAGCGGGAGACAUCAGCAAACGUGAGAAAAGAGGAGACGGAUGAAUUAAUUUAAAUAGGUAAGGAGGAUGAAAAAAACCUCAGAGAACUAGAAAAGGACUGGAUGAAGAUCUCUCCAAGCAACUGUGAUAUGAGCGAUGUGUGAGAAAAGUUCCUGUCUUGGCAUAAGACCCCUCUCUAUUUCAGUGGCACAAUCAAGAUCUGGAACAGGAUUGCACCAUCUCCGCAUGCCCUCAGCCCCUAUCCUUCUAACCUGGCUCCAUUUUCGGCCCACUGACAGCGAAGGUUGGUGGAGCCUUUGGUUACUGAGAGUUAACAUGGCAAUAUGGCAUUAGUGAUGUGAAUGUAGUAACAAACCAUUGGUUUUGUUUGGGAAAAGGUGACAGGCCUAGGUCUAAAAAGAAAACCCUAAUUGACUGAAAAUAUUUCUUACAGAAAAAUGUAAAAGUCAAAAAUGGUUUUGCUGUGGGCAACCAUAGGCCCUUCACUGAAGGGGAAUUGUCUGUUUUUAAGGAUGUGAGUGUGACGGAUGUGUAAAACACAGGGAAUCAUGAUUUAUAUGAUGGAUAUGUAGCAUGCAAGGAGUCAGUGGUCCAUUGAGUGUGUACCUGUAUUAGCCUUGAUUUCAUGAGUGAAAUGGCUGCUAGAUCUGACCUGGGUGUUCAGUAUUUCUUCUUCACAUUCUUCUCAGUCUAACAUUCAUUUUUAAGAUCAUCCCAAACAUAACAUUUUAAACAGUCUCCUCAAGGUGACUUUUACCCAUUUGUUUCAUGUGAUGACUUAUUUAUUCAAAAUGAAUUUCAGAGGGUUUGAGGUUUAUCAUAUAUUAGGGAACUAUUGCAGUUUCUUCAAAAUAUAAAAAACAGAUUAUGUAGA